GAUCAGAAUAAUACAGAAGUGUAUUAGAAGAGAAGAAACGUCAGCAUUGUGUAAUUCGAAACCAAAUUAUUGUUUAUUUUUAAUACAUGGCGAUUUUCGCUUUAUCGAAUGUAUGGUGUAUUUGUAUUUUUCACUGAGUAAACACUCUGUGAAGUUUUACAUUUCGGCUGGACUGCAUACAUCUUUGUAAAAAUCCGCUUUUGUUAAACAGUAAGCCACAAUGUAUAUAGCUCUAUCACUCUCUUUCAAUACUUCUUUAAUAAGUCAUACUGUGUAUGCCCGAAUGUUCUUGAUUGUGUGCACACCAAAUUCAAAUCGAAACAAAUGGAUUUCAAGUCGUACCCAGUCAUACCAUCACCGCUUGGAUCAACGUGGAAAUCGUACAUUCAGCAUCGCAUCAAAAUGCUACGAAUGGGAAUGCAAGCAUAUGCGACUCGAAAAUAUGCACGAAUGGAUCUCGAUCAUCACAUCAAGGCUACCAAAACAAGUGAUAAAGUUGCCAUGCGGGUAACGAACAACAAACCGUCUUGGAUUUGGAUUGGUGCUGGAGAAAUGGCACCAAAUCGGCCAUGGGGCAUAAAGAAGCGGAAAAGAUGCCCGGGAACGCGUAAAUUGGCAAUCAGUUUCAAGAAACAAGAGCACACAAAGGUCAGUCUUCAAGAUGAAUGGGGUACAUCAAUAACGUGUGCCAAUUGUCACGAGCGAUUUCCAAGAGAAACCAAAAAUCAUCGAUUCAAAAUUUGUCGAAAUUGCAUACCAAAACCGAUUGUUGGACUACCACCGAUAAUUGUGACGAAUUUGAGCAGACAAGAGCUUAAGAAAGAGCGAAUUGUAGAGAGAGCAAUCAAUCCAGAUCGUGAGAACAUCGAGCGUUUAGUGCCAAAGAUAAAAGUUAUCUUCAAAACUUGGUCAUUAACUCGAGAAUACCAUGAAUUGGGUGAUGCUGCACCAGAAGACAUGAUUGAGCACGUAGUCAUUUGGCACCGUGACAUUGUUGCCGCAAAGAAUAUUUUAUUCAAAGGAAUGUGUCGUCUUUUUGGCAUACCAUUGCCCGAUUCGUUGAAGAGACCUGACAAUCCACACCAUGCGAAAAAUGUCAACUGAUAGCAGCAUAAAAUCAACAAUAAUCUUAAGAAGAAUAUAUUAACAAUUUUGUUAGUUACUAGGCGUGAAUAGUUUAAAUCCAAGGAUUUGUAUUGUACCCUUGACCGCAGUACGGGUCCCUAUUUAGGGCUGUGCGGAAUAUAAAAGAACCCGUAGUUAUCGUUUUAAUUACAAUAUCUGUAAACUGAACUUGUCUCUCUAACUUUUUUUAUAUUUGCUUCACGAUCCAACUGAAUUGAAAACGAAACUUUCAAUCUGAAUAGUUUUC